GCUACGUGGCGCGGGAGUUCGGCGGCUUCGCCGAGGGCUUCGCCGGCCUCGAAGACGCGGAGGACGGCGACGUGGAGGUGCCGGCGGUGGUGGAGAUCCCACAGGUAGGUUUGCUGCAUCCCUCCUUGAAGUAUGCCUUCCAGCCAGGGCCCUUCUUUGAGACGCCCAAGGAAUACCUAGAGUGGUACCGCAGUUACAGACCAGAGGCCUUUGCGGAGCAGUGGCCGGUGGUAGCAGUCUUGCUCUACCGGAAGCAUGUGGUGUCAGAGUUGUCCUACAUUUGGCAGCUGGUGAACUAUUUGGAGGAGGCGCAUCAAAUCCUCCCGGUGCCCAUCUUCAUCCAAGGCGUUGAUGCCCACAUCGCGGUGCGCGACCUGCUGACGAGCUCCUACGAGCGGGAAGCGGUGUCGCGUGGCGAGGUCAUGGCCAACAGGACCCAGUCCCCAGAUGCCAUCCAUGUGGAUGCCGUGGUGAACACCAUCGGCUUCCCCUUGGUGGGUGGCCCUGCUGGGUCCAUGGAAGGUGGGCGCAACAGUGAGAUCGCCAAGGAGAUCUUGGGGUCUUUGAAUGUGCCCUACUUCGUGGCGGCGCCGUUGCUCAUCCAGGAUUUGCAGUCCUGGAAGGACCAAGGUGCGAGUCCGUUCUCGAACAUCUGCGGACGUGGCGAUGGACGUGGGGACUCCUUCAGCUUCCUUCAUAUGGCUGCGACGAAGUUCAUGGACGAUCUUUCAAGAAUUGUAGGCA